AUCUGACUCAGCGCUCCUACUGCCUACAUUUCUACCUCGUUUGUUUUUUCGGGUUUUUUUUUUUUUUGGUUGUGUAACCGCACACGCUGUAAUCGAUAAUUAUUCUUCCCGACGGACCGAAGCCUUGAAAGUGCUUCGCUGGAGUGAAACGUCGUCAUCCAAGUCCGGAUAAACGCUCGGUCUCGGCGUUCCUUGACGCUUCUCCAGCUAGCUUCGCUUAGCUUGCUAGCCGCGUUCGUUAGCAACACGUCGCCAAACGCCGCUCAAGCGCAAUGUGUGACAAAAGGGUCAAAGAAGAAGAGCACGAGGAGGAACUUUGUGGAUCGGAAGGGGAGAACGAACGACGACGUCAAAGACUCGACUCGCCAGAUGAAGAAUAUUUCCGUCCUAUGCAGCAGGAGCCGGCGUCCCCCCACAUCAAGGAGGAAGAGGAGGAGGCAGAGCUCCGCAACAUGAAAGAGGAGGAGGACGACGUCACCAAGUUGCAAUUGACUGUCGUCGUUUUGAAGAGCGAAGCUGAGGAAGACCACGGUCAGAGCGAAGAGAACGCAGGGGCGGAGCCUAAGGGCGGAAGCUCAAGUCGAUGCGUGACAAGACAAAAUGGCGGAGGCCACUGCGGAGAAUCACGAGCGGACGGCCUCAUCGCGCCACUGUCGGAUAGCGACGACAUCACGUCACACUCUUCUGUCGCUGACGAUGAAGAAGAUGGAGAACACUCUUCAAUCACUCAGACUGAAAAUCACGCUGGAGAAAGAACCUUUUCCCCUUCAGUGUGUGAUCAAAGCUUCUCUGAAAAGGGGAACUUGAGAAAACACGCAAAAACGCACGCUGGUCAGAAACAGUUUCGCUGCUCCGUUUGCAGUCAAACAUUUUCCGCACCGGGAGACUUAAGAACACACGCGAGAACGCACGGCGGUGAGAAACCUUUUCCCUGCUCAGUUUGCGGUCAAAGAUUUGCUAGGAGGGGACAUUUGAAUGCACACACAAGAACGCACACAGGUGAGAAACCGUUUGUCUGCUCGGUUUGCGGUCAGAGAUUCUCCGUAAAGGCCAACUUAAAAACCCACACGCGGACGCACACUGGGGAGAAACCGUUUUCCUGUUCAGUUUGUGGUAAAAGUUUCACUGAGAAAGGACAUUUGAACACACACGGCAGAACGCACACUGGGGAGAAACCUUUUCCUUGCCUCGUUUGCGGGAAAAUAUUCUCCCGUAAGGCAUAUUUAAAUAUACACGUACGAGCGCACACGGGUGAGAAACCUUUCGUGUGCUCAGUCUGUGGCCAAAGAUUUGCUGUAAAGGGAAACUUAAAAACACACACACGAACGCACACCGGGGAGAAACCUUUUUCCUGUUCCGUUUGCGGUAAAAGAUUUGCCGAGAGAGGACAUUUGAAGACACACACGAGAACUCACACCGGGGAGAAACCUUUUGCAUGCUUAGUGUGUGGAAAAAUAUUUACGCGCAAGGCAUCUUUAAAAAUACAUACAAGAAUACACGCUGAAGAGAAAACGGUGUAAUUUCUGGA